AUGGGGGAGACGGGCGCUGUCAAGCGCAAGGGCAAGCCGCGAGGGAUCCGCCGCGAUCGCGACUGUCAGAGCUGCAAGGACCGCGGCAUCAAAUGUGAUCUGAACCGGCCACGCUGUCAACCAUGUGUACAGUCUGGCCUGCCCUGUGGCGGCUAUCCUCAACGUGUCAUCUGGGCCACUGAGACGACCUCCAGGCAGAGACGCCCUUCGGAGACGUUGAGGAGCUCCAGCUCGAGAACAGCAACAUUGUCGAAAGAAUCGCCCACGAUAUCACAUCCAAAACCCGCGGCCAGUGGCUCGCCCAGCACCCCGGUGAAUAAUGCUGCUGAUGCUGCUACAACGGUAGAAGCCGCCACUGAAGCCGCGCGCGCGCAAUAUCCGGAAAACCACCAGUAUAGCUUUAUCAAACGCCUCACGGAAUUCUACGAGCAAAUCAAAGUAACUGAGCACCAGUCCAACGGAAGUUAUCUAUCGCCCAAGGCGAUAGACCUAGUAUCGCGUAUCUGGGAUUUUGUGCGCGCACGAAUGCAAGGCUACGUUACUGUCGGCUCGCCGGAACAGUCGUCUAUGGACGCCGUGCGUUUCCAUGUCGCGGCGCUGAUGGAGCUAGCCGAGGCUGUUGAAGAGGCCCACCCAGUUGCAUUGUUUGGAAUAGCAGCCUUUGCCUUUUUCGAAGUAUGUGAUGGGUCCUUUGGGGAAUGGCAGCGCCAUCUCAAAGGGGCACGCUCCUUGCUGGAUAUCCACUGCCGCAGCAAGGCCGAUCUCGACCAGCUGUCGCGCGAUAUUAGCGGCCUGACCCAUAUCGUCGCCCACCUGGUGUGGUUUGACACGAUGGGCGCUAUCAUCAGAGGCAGUCGCGGUCUGAUAUUCGACGACUGGCAUCGGGAGACGCUAAUGGACGGCUUCUUUGCCAGGGUUGGCUGUCCGCCAGACACUUUCCGCCUUUUUGUAACGCUGUCCAAUACAGAAGCCAGCCUCGAUGGGCUCAACCUAAGUUUCGAAGCUGUCGACCAACUACUACGAGCCGAGCCAGAAGCUAACGCUUCAGUGGCGGAUCUGACGACGGGCGCCUGGCGCUGCACCGCGGCGAUUGCCAUCCUGAGCCGGAUAGGUGAUGCAAACUCGCCAUCACGACAACGGGCUCUCUCGUCGGCAGUCGACCAGGCGUGCCGGGCGAUUUCCUCGAUCCCGCCGACGUCCGGCAUCUACAUCCACCUGGCGGCGACGGCAUACCUGGCGGGCAUCAACGCCACGCACGCGCAGCAGUGCGAGAUAGUCCGCAACUACUGGCGCAACUGUCAAGAGUCGGACUUUCCACAUUACCCAGACGGGCAGGCACGAUGCGAGGAGAAGUGGCGCGCCGACGGGCUAGCGUGA